AACUAAAGUGGCCUUCCUCGGAACUGCGACGGCGGAGUUUGAGUGUUGCACCUCGAAGUCCUCUUUCUGCUCCCUGGGUCGGGGAGUUAAUGCGGGGCGUUUAGCUGGCGCCGCCUUGAAAGAGAAAAAUUACUACACUUAUGGCUGGAAUUUUACACUCAAUAGUUCAGAGACCCCCAGGCAGACUACAGACGGUGAGAAAAGGUGUGGAAUCUCUCAUUGGUACUGAUUGGAUUCGUCACAAAUUUACCAAAUCAAGAAUUCCAGAUAAAGUGUUUCAGCCUUCACCAACAGAUCAUGAAAAAUAUGGUGGGGAUCCACAGAACCCUCAUAAACUGCACAUUGUUACCAGAAUAAAAAGCACAAAAAGACGUCCAUAUUGGGAAAAAGAUAUAAUAAAGAUGCUUGGCUUACAAAAAGCACAUACCCCUCAAGUUCACAAGAAUAUCCCUUCAGUGAACGCAAAGCUGAAAGUGGUUAAGCAUUUGAUAAGAAUCAAGCCCCUGAAACUGCCACAAGGACUUCCAACAGAAGAGAACAUGUCUAACACAUGCCUCAAGAGCACUGGGGAAUUAGUAGUUCAGUGGUAUCUAAAGCCUGUGGACCAGGAAGCAAAGUCCUGAUGUCACAGCAGCUUCACCUUAAAAAAUGCAAAUCUUUUUAAAAUUAGCAUACAUUAAUAGUACAAGAGAUUUCAUUGCGGUAAUGCUGUCGAUGUGUAUGGUGUGCUUUGAAUAAGUUCAUCCCCUCUAUUAUAUUCCCUUAAGAAAAUAAUUUUUAUUUAAAGUUGAUGAGAAAGUGUUUUCAUUCAAAUAUAUUUUAAAUCCCAGACAUUUUCACUGACUGAACCUGCUAUGAUUAUUCUUUACUAUAUAGACUUGGAGGUUUUGUUGCUGUUACUUGGUUUAAUUAUCUGUCCUUUUCCUCUUACGAGUUUUACUCCAUGAGAAUCAUGGGCAUUGAAGAAGAAG